CGCAAUGUGAAUGAGCCUGUCUAAUACCCUUAGCAACUGGUAUUGUGGCCUGGCCCCUGCCCCAGCACAUUGGGCUCGCACGGAGCAAAUUCUAGGAUGGCCGGCCCUUGACGGCGAGUCAAUAUCCUUCAAAGUAAGGUAGUUGCGGUAGCGGUGGCCUUACAAAUAUCUUCUAGUACAUAACUUCCCAAAAUGCCCGCUAGAGGAAAGUUAGCACCCACGACAGCAUGCGACCGAUGCCACAGCCUAAAGACAAAAUGCGUCUACGAGUCCAUGUCUACGCCUCUAAAACGGCCCUUAACGUGUACUCGAUGUAUGAAGCUUGGGAAACCAUGCUCCAAUUCACGGAGUACACCAAAGCUGGGACGCCCCCGAAAAGCCGACGCUAGCACCUCCCUCCUGCCUCGACCCUGGGCCGAGUUCGUAUGGAUUGGAACACAAGAUGAAGGCCAAAAGCAGCCCGAACAAUCCCCUCCACGCAGGCCACCAGCACAUUCACCGAUGGCUCCAUCAGCGGCACUAGCAGACCCUAGAUCGUGGCCGUCCAACCGGCUCCUCGCGAACCGGUCUUCAGAAGAGAUGAGGCUGUUGCAGGCCAUGUUCGACAGGGAGCGUCCGAGUUUUAUGUGCUGCUUUGUCAUCGGACCGUCGUUUGCCGAGGCGGCUCUGGCGGGUCUCCUGACGACGCUCGCUCAGUUUCCCGAAGCGGCCGACGCCUUGUUGAGCGGCUUUCUAGCCUGUUCCAGGAGGGUCUUUGCUCUUAUGGAGACUGCUACUACUCAGGCUAGUACUAGUGCUACUGGUAGUAGUACACAACACCAGCCAAGGCCAGGCAUGAUUACUGCUACUAGUAGUAGUAGUAGUAGUAGUAGUAGUACGGCAAACUUGAAGCGCAGCCUCAGUGCCAGUGCUGAAGCGGAUUAUGCAUACAGCGCCAAGGCAGUCAAGGCGUUGCGGGACAGGAGCGAAUCGUCAUCAUCAAUGGCCGACGACUCACGCCAAGCGACUAAGCCCAGCAACAAGAUGGAUCAGGUGCUAACCAUGGUGCUUGGUCUCGGCGUGCUCACAUUCGACCUGCUGGAUUCGGGCCUGAACGCCCACUCGAUAUGUCGAUGCACCCUCGGUUUGAUAGGACCCGAGUAUCCAAUGGAAGCACAAGAGAAGGUGUUGCCUCUGAUAUACAUGGACACAUGCAAUUGCUUGGUCAGGAGGCAGAUUCCGGUUCACCGGCUUGGCACAGGGGAAAUGGGGAGGGUGGAUCGGUAUAUAGGUCUCUGUCUUUCGUUGUUGCCAAUCAUGUACGAUCUCUGUUGUAUUACAACUUGCCACGGCCAGCCUUACAUGAACGCUGGAAGGGGCGUGCCGAGGCAAGGUCAAGGCGACGACGUCCAAGAGAGCCUUUUGGACGUGGUGAAAAAGACAGUCCAGGAGUGGAAGCCGCCGCUCGCGAGAAUGGCUGACACGGCAAAGCUGAAGUUGACGCAGAAAGAGGUCCAGGUCAUCGCGACACAGGCGGCAGUUUAUCGUUCGGCUAUCCUUCUCUUCAUCCACCGACUCCGUCUAGCAUUUGCGGCUGAGGAAGACGACAUGGAGGCAAACUUCAUGGCCUCUUCCAUCCUGGACGACAUACGGAGUCUGUACCGCUCAUCUAGUGACUCCUCCACAGGCUCAGUUUCAGCUAGCCUGAAGGGAGAAGGAUGGACGCGGGACGAAACAUGGCUGUUUGAGUACCGGAUGGGUCUCCCGUUCCUUAUCGCUGCGGUCGAACUCCAGGAUAAGACGCAGAGAGUACAAGCGUUGGAUCUACUGCAAUGGGUCGUGUGCAAGAGGAUGUACCCGCAAGUGGGAGAUCGUCUAAGGCAGUUCAUUCUCUUUGUUUGGGAGGCCCGUGAUCACGGAUUUGGUGGCCACUGGAUCGACCUCACAGCUCAUGGGCCGCAGUUUGUCUUGUUUUAGUUGUAGGGGGAGAUUCGGGCUGAAUAUUUGACUGGGCACAGAAUGUCCAUAUUCUCGGCGGGAUUGAAUGGGUCAAGGUUCGUGGCCGCCAUGAAUCCGUAGGUACGUUUGGUAGUAC